UAGUUCCUUUUGGUGUCACUGUCCAGUGCCCACAAUGUAUCAUUCCUUAUCUGAGACUAGACACCCUCUGCAGCCAGAAGAACAAGAAGUUGGCAUUGACCCCUUGUCCAGCCACUCUCACAAGUCUGGAGGAGAUUCAAAUAAAAAUGGAAGAAGAACAAGUUCUACUUUAGACUCUGAGGGAACUUUUAAUUCCUAUAGGAAAGAAUGGGAAGAACUAUUUGUAAACAACAAUUACUUGGCAACAAUAAGGCAGAAGGGGAUUAAUGGGCAGCUGAGAAGCAGCAGGUUCCGCAGCAUUUGCUGGAAGCUGUUUCUUUGUGUUCUUCCUCAAGAUAAAAGUCAGUGGAUAAGUAGAAUUAAUGAAUUUAGAGCGUGGUAUAACAACAUUAAAGAAAUACACAUUACAAACCCGAGGAAGGCUGUUGGUCAGCAGGACUUGAUGGUCAAUAACCCGCUGUCACAGGACGAAGGGAGUCUUUGGAACAAAUUCUUCCAAGAUAAGGAACUUCGAUCAAUGAUUGAACAGGAUGUCAAACGAACGUUUCCUGAAAUGCAGUUUUUCCAGCAGGAAAAUGUGAGGAAAAUUCUUACAGAUGUUCUUUUCUGUUAUGCUAGAGAAAACGAGCAGUUGCUUUAUAAACAGGGCAUGCAUGAGCUGUUAGCACCUAUAGUCUUCACCCUUCACUGUGACCACCAGGCUUUUCUACAUGCCAGCGAGUCUGCACAGCCCAGUGAGGAAAUGAAAACUCUCCUGAAUCCUGAGUAUCUGGAACAUGAUGCCUAUGUGAUGUUCUCACAACUUAUGGAAACUGCUGGACCUUGGUUUUCAACUUUUGAGCAUGAUGGUCACAAGGGGAAAGAAACACUGAUGACUCCCAUCCCCUUUGCUAGACCACAGGACUUGGGUCCAACGAUUGCUAUUGUCACUAAGGUCAACCAGAUCCAGGACCACCUACUGAAAAAGCAUGAUAUAGAGCUUUACAUGCACUUGAACAGACUAGAAAUUGCACCACAGAUAUAUGGGUUACGGUGGGUGCGGCUGCUCUUUGGACGAGAGUUCCCCCUGCAGGACCUGCUAGUGGUCUGGGACGCCUUGUUUGCUGACGGCCUCAGCCUGAGCCUUGUCGAUUACAUCUUCGUAGCCAUGCUGCUCUACAUCCGAGAUGCGCUGAUCUCCAGCAACCACCAGACCUGCCUUGGCCUCCUGAUGCAUUACCCGCUCAUCGGAGAUGUGCACGCGCUGAUCCUGAAGGCUCUGUUCCUCAGGGACCCAGAGAGAAACCCAAGACCAGUGACUUACCAGUUCCAUCCAAAUUUAGAUUAUUACAAAGCACGAGGAGCAGAUCUCAUGAAUAAAAGCCGGACCAAUGCCAAAGGUGCUCCCCUGAACAUCAAUAAGGUCUCUAGCAGCCUGAUUAAUUUCGGAAGAAAGUUGAUUUCCCCAGCAACGGCCCCCGGCAGUGCGGGUGGCCCUGCCCCCUCUGGCAGCGGCGGAAGCGCCCUCUCUGUGGGGAUCCCCCCCCGGGCCUCAGCAGAGCCCCCACGGCAUCCCUUGCAGCAGCAGCAGCACCAGCAGAGGCUGAUGAAGUCAGAGAGCAUGCCCGUGCAGCUGAACAAAGGCGAUGUAGUUACAGGAAGCGAUGCUCAGGUUUCUGUUCCUGCCCAGUCUCUGACUGACCCCCAAGGGCAAAGUCCUAAAAACAUCAGCUCGUCUCCGAGCGUCGAGAGCUUGCCCGGAGGAAGAGAGGCCACCGGCUCCCCGCCACCGUCUGCCGCCAAGAGGGAGUCCUUCUUCGGCACCGUCGCCCGCUCCCGCUCCCACAGCAAAACCAUGGGCAGAAAGGAGUCUGAAGAAGAAUUAGAAGCCCAAAUCUCCUUCCUUCAAGGACAGUUGAAUGACCUGGAUGCCAUGUGCAAGUAUUGUGCAAAGGCCAUGGACAUGCAUCUCGUAAAUAUUCAAGAUGUGAUACUGCAGGAAAACUUGGAAAAAGAAGAUCAGAUUCUGGUUUCACUGGCGGGAUUAAAGCAGAUCAAAGACAUUCUGAAAGGCUCCCUGCGUUUCAACCAGAGCCAGCUGGAGGCUGAAGAGAACGAGCAGAUCACCAUCGCAGACAACCACUACUGCUCCAGCGGCCAGGGCCAGGGUGACCAGAUGGCCGUGGCCUCCACACAGGCCUCUUCGGAAGCACCCGGGCGCGAUGGAGCCGGCCCAGAGGGCUUCAUCCUGGUUCCCAAGGAAGACGACAGGGGCGAGGCCGGGGGCCCCUUCCCAGGCCGGGCCCAGGCUCUGCGCACCCUCAGGGGCAUGUCUGGGCGGGGCCCGCCGCCCACCUGCUCCCCGCUGGUGUUCUCGGACCCGCUGACGGGACCCGCCUCCGCCUCCUCCAGCAACCCCAGCUCCAGCCCGGACGACGACAGCAGCAAGGACUCCGGCUUCACCAUCGUGAGCCCCCUGGACAUCUGA